GUUCGUGGCCGUUCUUGCCAAAGUUGAAUUUCUGUAUCUCGUCAACAACAUGGCGCUCGUGGCCCGCUCGAGAUCUCGCUCAUUCUCGUGAUUCCUCCCGCGAGUCAAACUUUACUGACACGAUGACAACACAGAGCAACACCUGCCAGCCAAACACUUCAGUUCGUCUGCACAACAUGAAAACUACAGCACAGAAAAUGGCAUGAAUAACGAAGAAUGGGUAAAUUACACAAAGGAUGGAAUCAAAGUGAAGGAUGUGCCUCCUCCAUUCCUACAAAGUAUCGAACCGUCAUCAUCAAUAAUGAAGAGAUGAAAGGAUUUACCUCCCAGUCAAAGAGGUUUCAGGAGCGCUCAAACGAGAACCCAGGGUCCAGCUCAUAUAUCUCACACACAACCACAGAGACCUGCAGUCCUUCAUUUUCUAAAAGAGGAACAGGCAGCUUUGCUUCAAAGGCUGGUCGUGUUCCCCGUAACGUUCGGAGAGGAAACCCAGGGCCUGAUGCUUAUAACCUGCAGACGUCUCUACUCCACCAGCACGACUUCAACAGAGGAGAAUCAAGAACCUUCCGUCUUCCAAUCGCAGUGAAGAGAGAGACACCAAAAAUCCAAAACCCUGCACCCAAUCAAUAUCACGUGUCUUAUAGCGCUGUGGACAGAGAUUCAACGGUCUCAGCUCGAUGUGCGUUUCUCUCUAAAACCAGACGAAGCGGGAGUUUUUUAGACAACUGUAAAGGACCCUCGCCCUGCCACUAUCAAGUGAAUGAGGUUUUGGUCCAGCAGUCUCCUAAAGUUACUUGUUUUAAAUCCACCACCGCCCGAGUCCAGCCACCAGUGAGAAAUGACAACCCGGGCCCAGGGACCUACAGCCCAUAUCAAACCUCAGAACCGGUGAAGAGAACCAUUCUACCAAGGAGAUAUUAUUUGGGGUUAUCAGCACCACCUCUGAUUCCUGCUAAAGAUCCGCCCCUCCCCGGCCCGGGACACUAUGACAUUAUAAAGUAUAGCGGUCCGGUCAAACAGCCCGUGUCCAGCGCAGCCUUCCUGUCUGGGACACACAGGGGGAUACAGGAGAGCACAGAACAACAAAUACCUGGACCAGGUUACUAUGAACCCAAGGUCCUUUCAAAGAUGUCGUUCUUGUACAAUCCGGAAAAAAACUGGAUACCGACUUAAAGUGAGAGAAGUUUUAGUAAGCCAAAUAAAAAAUAUGACAUAAUAAUUGGA